GCCACGGCAGUGACGGUGACCAUCGGGGACGGGCAGAGCCUGGACGUCAGCACCUUCAGGAAGCUGGAUGGGAUGUGCUGGGAGAUGAAGCAGCGCUACCUCCCUGCCCAGGUGCACGGACGCUUCCUCCUGAAGGGUCAUGGCCAUGGCAGCAAGGUGGACGUGGCAGUGGGGGAGACAGACCACAGCAGCUACACCAUCCUCUAUUACCAGAAGGGCCAGAGCAUCUCGGUCAAACUCUAUGGACGGAGCAGCCGGGUCAGCGAUGCUGUCAUAGACAAGUUUGAGCAGCGUUUGAGGGCUGUGGGCCUGAGUGAAGAUGUGACCUACUACUUCCCUACAUACGGGUUCUGUGACACUGCAGAUAUAUUUCACAUCCUUGAUG